CCUCCAUCCAUCUGCGACCAUGUUUUAUUUCCACUGCCCCCCACAGCUUGAGGGUGCCACGCCCUUCGGAGGCCCUUCCGCGGCGGACUUCGACGACGGCUUCUUGAGGCGGAAGCAGCGCCGAAACCGGACCACCUUCACCCUCCAGCAGCUGGAAGCCCUGGAAGCUGUUUUCGCUCAAACUCACUACCCAGACGUAUUCACAAGAGAAGAGCUGGCCAUGAAGAUCAACCUCACAGAAGCCCGUGUCCAGGUCUGGUUCCAGAAUAGAAGGGCUAAAUGGAGAAAAACUGAGAGAGGGGCUUCAGAUCAGGAAGGGCCUAAGGAGACAAUGGCUGAGGUGACCCCUCCAGGAAGAAAUUUAAACUCUCCCACUCCAGUUGAUCAAACCAGGAAUAAGAAAGAGAGCCUGGAAAUUCAUCAAAGGUAGCCCACUGUGUUCUUGCUGUGUUCCUGACCACAUGGGUCUCUCCUUCCUUCCCACAUACGGCUGCCAGAGUAAUCGCACAGCGAGUGUGGCAGCCCUACGCAUGAAAGCCCGGGAGCAUUCUGAGGCUGUGCUGCAGUCAGCGAACCUUCUGGCCUCCAGCAGCCCCAGCCCCACCCCGGUGCCAGGGGCUAAGCCUGGCCCAGAGAAUA